AAAGACUAAACUUCAGGCCACUCAGUUCACUCGCUCCUCUUCCGACAUGCAGCCUUUCUUCUUCGCUUCUUUCGCCAGCAUCAUGAGGACCGCCGUGGUGGCUGUCGUCAUGGCGAUGUUGGCCACGGCGACGCCGCACACCGAAGUCAGGCCGCAGAGGGACUUCAACCUGCAGCGGUUUGCAGGGAAAUGGUACCGCGUGGGCCUGGCGUAUGACUCGCCGAGCUUUGUCCCUUACAGAGACAAGUUGAGGGCCUCUGUGGGCAUGGUCACCACGCAAGCGAACGGCAACGUCAAUCUCACAAUGUGGGACGCCACGCCUGCAGGGUGUCGCAGUAAGAUGUACUACUACGAGAAGACGACUGUUCCAGGACAGUUCACCUACUUCAGCACACGUCACAACAUGGUGAAGGACAUCACGGUGGUGGAGACAAACUACAGCGAAUAUGCUCUUGUGCUGAAACACAAAGUUUUCCACAGAGAGUACACACAGGUGGCCCUUUAUGGGCGCUCUCAGAGGCUGAGAAAUGACAUCAUUACCAAGUUUAAAGCCUUUGCUUUGGCACGAGGAUUCCCCAGAGAGGCCAUUCUCACACCGCCGCCUGCAGAGAACUGCCCUCCAUCGCCAUCUGGCCGCUAGGUUCCUAUGCACCCUUUCCUGCAUUCACUUACCAGUAAAGCUUUAUGAGCUGUCUUGCCAAAUAAACAAUGAUAAAUCCAUCAAA